AUGCCCGAUACAUCUUCUAUUCUACUUCAAUUGCCAGUUGGAUCCUCCAUCCACUCCGCUUUGGCAUAUGCCACUGCUCUGAAGAUAUGCCGAACAGGGCCCGAUCUAGCAAAGUUGAUAAUGCCGAGGUCCUGCAAUAAAAACCUGAAUGAACCUGACAUUGAGGAGCAGUUCGCCCGGCUGGCCCUGGCCUUUAAGACAGACAAGAUGACCCUCAGCAAACGUCUGGAACUUCAACUACGUCAGAGGGAUGUGGCGGAGAAAAACGUUGAUAACGAGCUCAAAGCACUCAGGGAAUCCCUCAAUGCAUUGAACCAGCUGUGUGCAGAAUCCGAUAUGAGAGAAAUUAUCACCAAGACGCAACAACAUGUGGACAUCGUCCAGCAGUCGACUAUGCGCAUGUCCAGUAGAUCAGAAACUUAUGGAGCUAUUCAACAGGAGCAGCGCAUGAAUUGCGCCUUCGAAACAAUGCUAAAUUACAUGGAACACCUGAAGCUGUUGUAUGACAAAGAGCACCUGGAGCUGGAGGAAUAUCGUCGUCUUCUAGCAGAACACAACCUGCUGCCCGACGAAAAAGGCUCUUCUAUUGACGGAGAUCGUUCCCUCCCACCGCGCUCACAAUCCUUGUCCAGUUCCAAUAAGCCGGAGUUCCUGAGGCGGGGCAGUGGGAGUACCUUUGUCCGACCACCGCACUCAGAAGGUCACAAGGUCGUCAGCCGUGAAAACAGUGCCGGACACCUCAAUGCCAGUGGAAGGCAGAAGAUGACGUCUUCGGAAGGUCGGACCCGACUUCUGAGCGCCGUCUGUUUACUGAACAACAACUACGACCCACCGCGCGCAUCAACCCCCGGCUCCCCUAAGAGCAGACGAUCCUCUCUACCCGUAGGACCUUCUACAGUCUGCACCCAAACCAACCCGAACAGAACUCAUGCCAAUAUCAACGAGCACAGCGAACAUCGGAGGGACAGCCUAUCGAAAGUUAACCGCACCAUCACAAGACAGGACUCAACCGAGCAGGAGCUGGACAAGACGACGAAGCAAGAGCAGUUCUCUCUUCAGGAGGACUUGCCAAACGAGAAAGACAGUAGUGAUAUAAUCUUCCCCACCUCUCCCUUUUCAUCCCCGGACCCAGAGACCACACCUUCUCCUGUGCAAGAAUCUGCCUGUGAUACAGAGAUGGAAGACGUCUGUCUGCUGACAGAAAUAAGUGUUCCUGUUAGACCUAGGCGGAUGUACCUGUUCAAUUUCCUGAACUGGAUUUCAGGACAACGCUUCUGGAAAUGGGACAACGCUACCAUGGUCCAGCAUGCUCGUUACACCCUUAGCGCCCUGCUUGCAACUGCGGCCAUGUUGACCUUGGUCCUCACCUUUGUUCCUAACCAAGUACUCUCGUGAACGAACAAAAAAGUGACGUUUUACACCUUCGCCAUCGUGCCAAUGCAGAGAACCACCGUUCGAAGGCAAUAGAGAAACAAGUCGGAGAGUGCCUUUCAUCGAGUUCCCAGUUGCGAGAAAGUCAUUUCAGUGACCGCUGCUUAUUCACUCCAAAAACAAAGCUACUUUCCGGAAGUAAAUAUCGAGCAGCGAUUUCAGUCGCUGUUUCUCAACAGUUACUCAAAAAAAGUAUCAAGAGUUGUAAAACUCUUGACACUAACGGCAAACUUCUGAGAAUUUUUAAAGGGCAAAGAAUAGUUGUCCGUUAAGACGAAAUCCAUAAAUUCUGAAAAUGAGGAGAGGAGGAGGGGGGCUACCAGAGUUGUUUCCGGUUGCCUGCAAGUAGGCAAUUAUGUUUAAACUUAUUGAAUGUGCCAAUUUUCAGAUCAGUGGGCAGUAUGAAAAUUACUAUCAGGAAUCGAGGAUUAACAAUGGUAAAGUUAAACUCAAAGCAAGCCCUAAACUACAGACGUUAGGUAGAAAACGGGAGACGAUUCAAAAAAAAAAAACGUUAAUACACAAAUACUGUCGUUUUCGUAAAUGGUUUUAUCCCUCCUCCUUUAGGAAAAUGAGUUAAACCACACUGAGUUUCCAGUUCAAUAAAGACGAUUCGCGCCCUCAAAAACCAAUAUGUACAUCAAUUGAUUGAAAACGACUUCACUGCAAAUAAUCACUUGUGAACAUCAAAAUAAAAAAAAAGCGGUUUUCAAAUAUUCACUUCAAAUGCUACUAAAUCGCCUUUUUCCGUAAUUUUCGAAAUUCUUGUCUUCACUGACAUCACAAACAUUAGCUACACGCAUGUAGACGUGUAAGGUCGCUCACUACCAAAAGUAAAGGCACUUUCGAUCUCCACUAUUUUAUGUUCAAAAUUAACUAUCAAUUUAAAAAAUAUAUAUAUAGUAUUGAUCGCUUCACGUGUUUAAAGAAAGAAUUAACUUAAUAUGCUGAGCUUUAUAUUUUUCUCAUGUUACUAUUUCAACUUUAUCUUCACUAAUAAUAAGGCUGAAAGUCUGUAUGUAUGGAUCUCUGUCUGUUACGCGCAUAGCGCCUAGACCGUUCGGCCGAUUUUCAUGAAAUUUCGCACAAAAAUUAGUUCGUUCGUAGCAUAGGGGUAAGCA